UUUUGCACCUUCCUAGAUAGAUUCAAACACAUUCAAAUUUGAAUUUUUACUUGCUGAAAAAACGAUUUCGUGUAAUUAUUAUUCAGGUUGUAAUUUAAAACUUCAUGAUGAGCACAAACUUAAGGUACUAGUGAGGGAUAUUAUGCAGCACUGCGAACAUCGCGUGGAGGGUGACAGGCGAGGCGCCGCUCGACAUCCGCUGGCGCAGCCCUGACGGGCGGGCAUCGCCCUAGUUGCCCCUUCGCAUCGAACGGUUGCGUAGUAGUGAUCGCGAGCCCUAGCCGCAGAACCCUGUUAUUAUUUCAACUCAGUGUCUAUAUUUGUUUCUAAUCGAUAUUUUCUUUGUCUGACUGUGAUUCGUUCGAGUGUUCGGUUUGGAUUCGUAUCGUUCAAAGUAAUUUCUACGGACUUGAAAAUGGAAGAUUCCUAUAUAAUAGCAAAUUUCCACACGCUAUGUCGCUUGUGUUUGAACAAGAGCUCUCUGAUGGUUUCGAUUUUUGGAGCCGCGCCUGAUGAUGAAACCAAUUCGGCACUAACCUCGAAAAUCGCCGAAUUUGCGGAACUUCAGAUGGACCCUAAUGAUGGCCUUCCUGGAAGAAUCUGCUACAAAUGCUUGUUUAAAGUAGAUAAAUGUUCCAAAUUUCGCCUUCAAUGUAUCCAGAAUGAAACAAGACUGAGACAGAUCACAAAUAGAGUAAAUGAACAAGAAAAUUCUAAUUCCUCAGAGAUGUCCAAUUUCUACACCUCCACGCAAGAGGUAAGCAAACAAGAUUACAUUGUAGAAGACAGUGUAGUUAUGGUAGUAGAUCCCAGCCUAGACUAUGAUUCCUCAGAGGAGUCUGAUAAUGCAGACCAACCCGACGCUGAUACCACUGAACAUAACAACACCCCAGAUGGAGACCAUAUGCCAGAGUCAUUCUUCAAUAAUGUUGCCAUGUGCCAGUAUUGUGAUCAAGCCUUCAUUACUCAAGAUAAGUGUAAAGAACACGAGGUUACUUGCCAUGAUCCUAACCUACCAUAUAAAUGUAUAGAAUGCAGCUUGGUAUUCCCUGAGCGAACACAGUUUGUCCAGCAUAUCAAGCAAGUACAUGGCAAUGACAAGCCUUAUAACUGCCCGGAGUGUGACAAGGCAUUUAGCCGCAGAUCAGAUUUAAGGAAGCAUGCAAUAGUUCAUACUGGAAUCAGGCCAUUUCAAUGCCAAUACUGUCUGAAAAGCUUUUCUCGUAACACCAAUUUAAGCAAGCAUCUCAGGAUACAUGCGGGCCAUAAGCCACAUGUUUGCCCUUUAUGUCCGAGAAGCUUUGUGUGCCACAACGACUUACAGCGCCAUGUCCUAGUCCACUCUGGUAUGAAACCAUAUGCAUGCCGAAAGUGCCCUUUGACAUUUGGUAGAAGAGAUAAACUAAUCAAACAUGAAGUAAGGCAUGGACCAGCCAGUCCCAACCAAGAACAAGAAAUAGAUAAUGAGCAGGAGACACAGGACAUGGUGGUCAAUGUCAACCCUUACAGUAACUUAUUGACCUCUCCCACCCACCAAGGUGCCGACUAUGAUCUUCCUCGAGUACCAGACCACAUUUCUGGUGUUAGUAGUUUUAUUAACCAAAUACAUAAAACCUCUUCUACUUCAGGAAAACUAACUACAUCCCCUCCAAAACUAAAACCAGUAUCUAAUAAGAACAGGCCGAAAAAUAUAAAAUGUCAUCAAUGUCCAAAAAAGCUAUCCUCAUUAGAUGCAUAUAAGACUCAUGUUUCAAUAGCGCACAUUGGAAACAGAGGUUUCCAGUGCAAAAUAUGCUUUAAGAAAUUUUCUCGCAAGAAAGAUCUAGAUCGGCAUGUGACCCUUCACUCUGGAAUGAAGCCUUUCUCAUGCAGUCAAUGUGAUAAGAAAUUCAACAGGAAAGACAAACUUAAUGAACACGAGGAGACUCAUGAAUGCCUGGUUGUGAACUUGCCUUGUAUUGAAUGUGGGCUCACUUUUGAGAAGAAAGCAGACUUAGUGGCCCACAUUAAGUCCCACUUCACUGACAACUUUGAUGAGAAGCCGGAGAUAAAGAAGGAGGAUGAGCCCGAGUUCCCCAUAGAUGACAACUACUACGACUUGGAGACCUGAGACCAGGAGUUUGACAUUGAUAACUUUUCACUGAUUACUUGAACUGUGGCACUUCUAUAUACUAUAAACACCUCUGUCCUUAGAUAAAAUGUUUCAAUUCAUGUAAUACCAAAUCAUAUUAUAUUGGAUAAUUUAAAAACAUUAAGAUGAACGAUAUAGAUAGACUUAUUGUUGUAACUGUUAUAUUUUAAAGAAUUUUAAAUGUGAUUAUUAUAAAUAGUAUUAAAUUUAAAACUAGAUUAACACUAUUUUAACUUUUAUGGAGUAUCACAGUACAUAUAUAAUAAUAUAAUAUCUGUAAUUUCAUUAAUACCAUAACUUAAAGUGAACUACAGAAUGUUUAUCAAUUCUAUAGAACAAUCUCCAUUUUAAAAUUAUCAGAAAUAAUUCAUGUCGAUAUUAUAUGUUUACAAGAUAAUAUUAAAUAGAACAAUCUCCAUUUUAAAAUUAUCAGAAAUAAUUCAUGUCGAUAUUAUAUGUUUACAAGAUAAUAUUAAAUAGAACAAUCUCCAUUUUAAAAUUAUCAGAAAUAAUUCAUGUCGAUAUUAUAUGUUUACAAGAUAAUAUUAAAUAGAACAAUCUCCAUUUUAAAAUUAUCAG